AUAUGUGAAUAAUAAGAGAGCCACCUAUGUGAAUAUGUGAGUAGUCUUGACCUACUAAUUUUCUCGGUCCACCGAAUUAGAAUAUGGGAAAUACAGUGCCAAAGCUCCGGCGAGACCAAGAGAGACCUCGAGAAGGAGAGGAAUCGAAAGAAGACGAAACAUCAACCUUCACUUGUGAGAUAUGCGUCGAACCCAUGUUAUCAUCAUCAGUCAAGAAAUUCAAGAACAACAACAGGUGUGUUCAUCCAUUCUGCACGGAUUGCAUGACGAAAUACAUCGAGGUGAAAGUGGACGACAACAUCGCCAACGUCCCGUGUCCGGCGCUGAGCUGCGAUCAGCUGUUAGAUCCUCUCAAUUGCAGGCCGAUCGUGCCACCGAAACUGUUCGAGAAGUGGUGCGAUGUGCUCUGCGAAUCGGCGGUUCUAGGGUUUGAAAGAUGUUACUGCCCGAAUCGGAAUUGCUCGGCACUGAUUGUGAACGAGUGUGGAGGAAAUGUGAAGAGAUCAAAAUGCCCCAAUUGCAAGAGGCUGUUCUGUUUCCAUUGCAAGCUUCCAUGGCACUCCGGCUAUGGAUGCGAAGAGAGUGGAAAUAUGAGAAAUCGGAAUGAUGUUGAGUUCGGACUGCUUAUGGAGAGGAACAAUUGGAAGAGAUGUCCCCGCUGCGGCCAUUGUAUUCAACGUAGUGAAGGUUGCCGACACGUGAAAUGCAGAUGUGGGACCAACUUUUGCUACAAGUGUGGAGGCCAGUUUAAAGAUCUUCGGUGUAGGUGUGGUGUAUCAUACUUCUUGUGCUUUGUUUGGUUCUUGCGGUUCUUUAUUAUUGUAGGUUUUAUAAUAGGUACAUUUUUUAGCCUGAAAAAUAUUAUCAAGAGACUCGACUCAUAAGAAUAUUACUUGUACUAAUAUAUAUAUAUACUCAUACAUGGAGGAAAUUUAGUUUGUUUGCUUUGUCUAA